AUGAGCAGAGGUUCUCAGGUUAUUUAAAGAAAUAGGAAAUUUUUUAGAUCAAAUAGAAUAUUAAUAGGAGGCACUUUUAGAUUUUAACAAGGCUAUUGAAUUAGACCCUUAUGAUGAUUGUAUUUAUAAUAACAGUUGUGUAUUAAAUUAUUAAGUUAAAUAGGACUUCUAUUUACUAAAAUUGGAAAUAUUAAUUAGGCACUUAUAGACUUUAACAAGGCAAUUGAAUUAGAUCCUAAUUUUUCUGAUUUUUAUUUGGAUAGAGGCAAUCAAAGUAUUAUUUUUUAUAAGUAGAUAAUGAACAAUAGGCCCUUGUAGAUUAUGAUAAAGCGAUGGAAUGAGAUUUUAAUAAAUCUAAAGCAUAUAAUAAUAGAAGUGUUAAAAUUAGUAUAAUGAAAUAGGCCUUUUAUAAUUUAAAAUCGGAAACACAGACAUUGCACUUAUAAAUUUUAACAAAUCAAUUGAAUUAAAUUCUAAUGAUGAUUAUACUUAUAAUAACAGAGGUAAUAGAGUGUUAGAAUAUAUAGGUAUGCUCUAUUAAAAUAUUGGAAAAAUAAUGGAGGCUCUUGAAGAUUAUAACAAAGCAAUUGAAUUAGAUCCUAAUAUUGCUUAAAUUUACAGUUCAAGAUUUAAUUAGGUUUUAGGUUAUUAUAGCAUUAUUGCAUUUAAGUUUAGAAAAUAAAGAUUAAGCCAUAAUAGAUCAUAACAAAGCUAUUAAUUAGAUCCUAAAGAUGCUAUAAAUUAUUUUAACAGAUGUAAUCAAGUUGUUGAACUAAAUAGGAUUGUUUUAUAGAUUAUGAGGAAUUUGAUUUAGUAUUUAAAGAUUAUACUAAAGCGAUUGAAUUGAACUCAAAUGAUGCUAAAGCUUAUAACAACAAAGUUAAUUUUAAUUAUAAUUAAAAAAUAGAAAUUUGUAUAAAGUAAAUGGCUAAUAUGACAAGGCCUUUUAAGAUUGUAUUUAAGCACUUAAAUUAGAAUUAGACAAUCCACUUAUAAUGGUAAAUUUAGCUGAUCUUUAUUAUUUUAGGUCAUAUUAUAAUCAAUCAUUGAAUUAUUAUACACAAGCACUUGAAUAAUUAGACUAAAUCACUCAGUAGAAGAGUAAAAAGUGGAAUUUUUCAGAGGAGAAUAUAUAAUUAAUUAAAAAAAAGUAACUUUGUUAAAAGAAAUUUAAGAUGAAAUAAUUUUUUUAAGAUAAAAUAUUUACAAAAUUACAAACUCAAUUUGAAUAAAAGAACCCAACUUUUAAUGAUGUGAACGAUAAAUUAAUUAUAUUAGAAAAAAAAAUUAACAGUUUAAUUAAUGAUAUAGACAGAUUUAAAAUAGCCAUAAGAAAAAGAAGAAGAGUUAGAAUAAUUGUAAUUGACUAAAGAAGAUCUGAAAUAGAUUAAAUAAUAAUAUAAUUAAUUCUAUUAUAAGAAAUUGUAAGUUAAUAAAAUAAAAGAAUAAGUAAUUUAGAAGAUGACAAUAAAUAUAUGAAAGAAUAGGAUAGCUUUCAAAUAUAAGAAUCUAUGAAAUUUCUUUAAAAGCAGAAAAUAAAACUUAAUUUAUUUAUUAUAAGCAUUGUUUUGGAAUUUAUAUUUUUACUUGUAUGUAAUGCUGCAAAUUUCUUCAGAACUAUAUUAAAUGAAUAGAGAUGCUAUGAUAGAAAGCACUUCUGA